CCCCCCACUACAGGGCAGGGCGGGAGGAGGCUGAUUUACAAGGCAGAUAGAUGGGCCUCUGCCCAGAGGAGCUCUGAGCUCUGCACGCAGCCACUGUCACUCCGUGGGCUAUAAGAGCACCCAGACUUCCGGACCAGCUCUGGGCGGGUGCCAUGUGAGCUCAGCUUGGCUUCCCCUCCUGCUGGCCCUCCUUCCUUCCCUCCUCCUGCCCGCUGGUGUCUGCCCAGCCUCUCCAAAGAGGGACACUUAGCAUCAUGUCUCUGCUUAACCCCGUCCUGCUGCCUCCCCAGGUGAAGGCCUAUCUGAGCCAAGGGGAGCGCUUCAUCAAGUGGGAUGAUGAAACCACAAUAGCCUCCCCGGUUAUCCUCCGCGUGGAUCCCAAGGGCUAUUAUUUAUACUGGACAUAUCAGAGAAUGGAGUUUCUUGAUAUCACUAGCAUCCGGGACACCCGUUUUGGGAAGUUUGCCAAGAUACCCAAGAGCCAGAAGCUCCGGGAUGUCUUCAACAUGGACUUUCCAGACAACCACUUCCUGCUGAAGACCCUCACGGUGGUGUCGGGCCCUGACAUGGUGGAUCUCACCUUUCACAACUUCGUCUCCUACAAGGAGAAUGUGGGCAAGGACUGGGCUGAGGAUGUACUGGCCUUGGCUAAGCACCCAGCGACAACCAAUGCCCCCCGCAGCACUUUCCUGGAUAAGAUCCUGGUGAAGCUCAAGAUGCAGUUGAACCCUGAAGGGAAGAUUCCAGUGAAGAAUUUUUUCCAGAUGUUUCCUGCUGACCGAAAGCGAGUGGAAGCUGCUCUCAGUGCCUGCCACCUUGCAAAAGGCAAGAAUGAUGCUAUCAAUCCUGAGGACUUCCCAGAGUCCGUGUACAAGAGCUUCCUCAUGAGCCUCUGUCCUCGGCCAGAAAUCGAUGAGAUCUUCACUUCCCACCAUGCUAAAGCUAAACCUUACAUGACCAAGGAACACCUGACCAAAUUCAUCAACAAGAAACAGCGGGACUCUCGGCUCAACUCCUUGCUGUUCCCACCAGCACGGCCUGACCAGGUGCAGGGUCUCAUUGAGAAGUAUGAGCCCAGCGGUAUCAACGUGCAGAGGGGCCAGCUGUCACCCGAGGGCAUGGUCUGGUUUCUCUGUGGACCAGAGAACAGUGUACUGGCCCAAGACAAACUGCUGCUCCACCAAGAUAUGACACAGCCACUCAAUCACUACUUCAUCAACUCUUCACACAACACCUAUCUGACAGCUGGCCAGUUCUCAGGCCUUUCCUCGGCUGAGAUGUACCGCCAGGUGCUGCUGUCGGGCUGCCGUUGUGUGGAGCUGGACUGCUGGAAGGGAAAGCCCCCUGACGAGGAGCCCAUUAUCACACACGGCUUUACCAUGACCACUGACAUCUUGUUUAAGGAAGCAAUUGAAGCAAUUGCAGAAAGUGCCUUUAAGACCUCCCCCUAUCCUGUCAUCCUGUCAUUUGAAAACCACGUGGACUCAUCCCGCCAACAAGCUAAAAUGGCCGAAUACUGCCGGACCAUGUUUGGGGAUAUGCUGCUCACAGAGCCCCUGGAAAAGUUCCCACUGAAACCAGGUGUCCCUCUGCCCAGCCCUGAGGACCUCCGGGGCAAAAUCCUCAUCAAGAAUAAGAAGAACCAGUUUUCUGGUUCAACGGUUCCCAGCAAGGAGCCUGAUGGGGAGGCUGAGGACAGCUGCCCUCCCAGUGCCCCCUCGGGGGAGGACACAGUGUGGGCUGCUGAGGAAGGGGCUGAGCUGGAGGAGAUGGAAGAGGAGGAGGAGGAGUCAGGGAACCUGGAUGAAGAAGAGAUGAAGAAGAUGCAGUCGGAUGAGGGCACAGCGAGCCUGGAGGUGACAGCUUAUGAGGAGAUGUCCAGCCUCGUCAAUUACAUCCAGCCCACCAAGUUUGUCUCCUUUGAGCUCUCUGCCCAGAAGAACCGAAGUUACAUCAUCUCUUCCUUCACGGAGCUCAAGGCCUAUGACCUGCUCUCUAAGGCCUCGGUGCAGUUUGUGGACUACAACAAGCGCCAGAUGAGCCGCAUUUACCCCAAGGGCACCCGCAUGGACUCUUCCAAUUACAUGCCCCAGAUGUUCUGGAACGCUGGCUGCCAGAUGGUAGCCCUCAACUUCCAGACCAUGGACCUGCCCAUGCAGCAGAACAUGGCGUUGUUCGAGUUUAAUGGGCAGAGUGGCUACCUCCUCAAGCAUGAGUUCAUGCGCCGACCGGACAAGCAGUUCAAUCCCUUCUCCGUGGACAGCAUCGAUGUGGUGGUAGCCACCACCCUUUCCAUUACGGUGAUCUCUGGGCAGUUCUUGUCAGAACGCAGUGUGCGCACCUAUGUGGAAGUGGAGCUGUUUGGCCUUCCAGGGGACCCCAAGAGGCGCUAUCGCACCAAGCUGUCACCCAAUACCAACUCCAUCAAUCCUGUCUGGAAGGAGGAACCCUUUGUCUUUGAGAAGAUCCUGAUGCCUGAGCUGGCUUCCCUCAGGGUGGCUGUGAUGGAAGAAAGCAACAGAUUUCUUGGACACCGCAUCAUCCCCAUCAAUGCCCUUAAUUCUGGAUAUCACCAUCUGUGCCUGCACAGUGAGAGCAACAUACCCCUCACCAUGCCUGCACUCUUCGUCUUCCUGGAGCUGAAGGACUACGUCCCUGACACCUGGGCAGAUCUCACUGUGGCCCUCACCAACCCCAUCAAGUACUUCAGUGCCCACGAUAAGAAGUCUGUCAAGCUCAAGGAAGCCACGGGAAGUCUGCCUGAGAAGCUCUUCCCAUCUGGGAGUCCAGUUUCCCGCCAGGUCAAUGGGUCGUCAGUCCCAGCAAGCAAUGGAUCAGCAGCAGCUGGAGUCAAGGAGCAGGCGCCGAAAGAGGCUGUGGAGCCGCAGACAGCCAGCCCCGAGGAGCUGCGCGAGCUGAAGGGCGUCGUGAAGCUGCAGCGGCGGCACGAGAAGGAGCUGCGGGAGCUGGAGCGGCGUGGCGUGCGGCGCUGGGAGGAGCUGCUGCAGCGCGGUGUGGCUCAGCUGGCCGAGCUGGGGCCGCCGGCCGGGAUCUGCAAGCUCCGCCCUGGCAAGGGCUCCCGCAAGAAGAGGAUCGUGCCCUCCAGCGAGGAGCCCGCGGGGGCUGCGCCCAGCGAGAGCAUCGAGGGUGCAGACCCACGCGUGCAGGAGCUGAAGGACAGGCUGGAGCAGGAGCUGCAGCUGCAGGGUGAGGAGCAGCACCGGUGCAUCCUGAAGCGCAAGGAGCAACACGUGGCUGAGCAAAUCGCCAAGAUGAUAGAGCUGGCCAAAGAGAAACAGGCCUCUGAGCUGAAGACCUUCAAGGAGACCUCAGAAAUUGACACCAAAGACAUGAAGAAAAAGCUGGAGGCCAAGAGGCUGGAGCGAAUACAGGCCAUGACCAAAGUCACCACAGACAAGAUGGCUCAGGAGAGGCUAAAGAGAGAGAUUAACAACUCCCACAUCAAGGAAGUGGUGCAGGCUGUCCAGCAGAUGAAGGAGACCAUGGAGCAGCACCAGCAGAAGCUAGAGGAGAAGCAGGCAGCCUGCCUGGAACAGAUCCGGGAGAUGGAAAAGAAGUUCCAGCAGGAGGCCCUGGCAGAGUAUGAGGCCAGGAUGGAGGGCCUGGAGGCCGAAGUCAAGGAGUCAGUAAGAGCCUGCCUCAAGGGCUGCUUCCCCUCCGAGACUGAGGACAAGCCUGAGAGAGCCCUUGAGGCCUCCAAGGAGCCCUGUGAACAGGAUCCUCUCACAGACAAGGCAGACACCCAGGAGAGCCGCCUCUGAUGCCCCCAGCCCACUGGGACAUUUAGCAAGGAUGUUCAGACCCUUAUCUGGGACAUGGCCCCAUCCUCCAGGAAGAAAGGAUGUGCAGGAAGCUGGGGUCCCUUUGGAAGCUGCAGCCCCCUCCUCAAUAGCCAGGCUAGAGGAGGGGCAAAAACCAGGUACCACCAGGGCAGGGGACCUAGAAUCUUCUCCAAGCUCACUUCUUGUUCCCAUCCUUCCCCUUGGCUCUGGAUAAGUGUCAUAUAUUUGUUAAGGACGUGCGAUACAGGCAGGAAAUAGAGUUCUUUCCAAGUGGUUCAAACAGGCCAGACCCUCCUAUUAGGAUGUGGACACCUCACCUGGACUUUUGGGCCACAUCUCAGGUCUGUCCUGAGUAGGUCAGCUCCUUGAAGCAGAGCCUGGCACUACCUCAAAGCUCCCUGGGCACAGCUGCUCCCAGGAUUCCAGCUGAGGUCCCUGCCCUCAUCACCUGCUGACAUGGAAAGCUGCCUCAGCUGACUGUCCCUUGCCCAUGACACACAUGGGGCUGUGGCUGGUGGAGGGAAGCUAGAUGGCCUCAUGGGCACUUUUCCUAGGCCUGGGAACCAUGUACCACACUCAGGCUGCUUGAUAUGGGCAGCAUUGUUUGCUCCCCUGAAUUUAUAAGAUUUAUUUAUUUUUCUUCUUCCUACUUCUACUAAAGGAUCCUGA